CAGAAACUUACAUAUAUAUAUAGACAGAAUCCAACUUCUUCUUUCUAUUCAGAUUCGCACGUUAAAACUCUAUCUUAGAUCAAAUCAACACCUGAUAAUGAGCUGAUCUGCAAAUUCCUCUCUUAUUCAAUCUUCCUGAUUUUCAAUUUCUUUUCUAGGGUUUCAAAAUCCGGGGGGAAAAAAUGGCAGAAGGGAUGGAGACGGAGAUGGAGUUCUCUGAUGGUGAACAAACUAAUACUAAGAAUGCAGAUGUUGCUGCCUCCCAAAACGCUGCUUCUACUGUGUAUAACAGGAAUCUUUUGGCUGCUUAUGGAAACGCAGCCACUGGAUUAGAGAAAGGGAUACAAAGGAGACCUCAGGAUCAUCAUGAACAGCUACAUGGCUAUAUCUUUAUGUGUAAUGGGAGGACGAAAAACGAUUGCUACCGUUACCGUGUUUUCGGGAUUCCGAGAGCAAGAAAAGACGUUGUUGAGAGUAUCAAACCAGGGAUGAAGCUUUUCCUCUAUGACUUUGAGAAGAGACUUCUCUAUGGUCUCUAUGAAGCUACUAUUGGUGGCAGGUUGGACAUAGAGCCUGAAGCUUUUGACAAGAAAUAUCCUGCUCAGGUUGGAUUUAGAAUCGUCAUGAACUGUUACCCCUUGCCAGAGAACACUUUCAAGUCUGCUAUCUAUGAAAAUUACAACGGAUCCAAAUUUAAGCAAGAACUUGCUCCUCACCAAGUUAUGUCUUUGUUAUCAUUGUUUCGUCCAUUUACUGCCCCAGAACUCGAUGUGUUGCCUCAUAGAUUGGCUUCCAGAGCUUCUGCACCCAGGACUCUAUCUUUUGAGGAAAGGUUCAUAGCUUCUACACAACGUAGAAAUGCUUCAUCGGUUCUAGAUCCUCUGUAUGCUCGUCAUGCAGAACCACGGCCUGCCUCUCUUAUGGCCCAUCUGUCUGUUUCCGGCACAUCUCUGCUCCAACAUAGUUACUCUAGACAAGACGACUACACUACCCCACCUAAAGAAAAUCUGUCAAAUUUGGAUCAGCCUUAUUAUCCUACGGAAGCUCGGCAGCAACGGUUGCUCGGAGACCCUCAUCAGUCAGAUCCUUCUCGGUCAUCUAUACAAGACCCUCAACUCAAAUACCUAACCAUUUUAUCUAAUAUUCGGAGAUAUGGAACUGCCCCAGAUCGCUUGGCCUCAGAAAAUGAAUAUUAUCCGGCAACACCAUCAGAGAAGGACCAGUUUGCUUCACCUUAUUCUGAUAAGAAAUAUUACCCUUCGUCAUUAUCUGGGAAUGAGCAAUCGUCUGCACCUGCAGCGAAUGGGAGUGUGCUGCAUAGAAGUGAGUUCCAUACUUCGGCAUCACAAAAGGAAGGGGAAGCUAGUCAGCAGCAGGAGAUUCCUGCUAGGACUUACUAUCACCAAGAAGCAUCUACAGUUUCAAAUACUACGGUAUCCAUGCAACCAGAUAUGCAGGCAGUUAGUGUUGCUCAAUCUCAUACUCAGACAGCUGGCUAUCCUACACCUGCACAUGGUGAAGCUUCACAACCAGCUGCUGGAACAACUGGUUACACACACCAACCUCAAAGUGUAAUGGGUAAUUAUACCACGCAUAUACAGCCUGGGAAUGUGGAAGAAAGUACACAGUCGUAUGCUGGGACAGUUAGUUAUCCACAGCAGCAAUAUUAUGCAGCUAUGGGGCAUACUACUCAACUCUAUGCUGGUGGAACUGGGAAUAUUCAAAAUUCCCAUGAUAUUGGGUACGUUCAGCAACCUCAUUCUGUAGUAAAUGGGUACGUUCAGCAACCCCAUGCUACAGCAACUGGAUACGUUCAGCAACCCCAUGCUGCAGCAACCGGAUACUCUCAGCAGAACCAUGCUGCAGCAACCGGGUACUCUCAGCAACCCCAAGCUGCAGCCACAGGGUACUCUCAGCAACCCCAUGAUGCUGCAGAAACCGCGUACUCUCAGCAACCCCAUGAUGCCACAGCCGGGUACACUCAGCAACCUCAUGCUGCACCGACUGGGUAUUAUCAGCAACCCCAUGCUGCAGCAACCGGAUACGCUCAGCAACCCUAUGCUGCUGCAAAUGGGUAUGCUCUGCAACCACAUGCUCAAGCUGCUGAAUACACAACACAACCACAUGCUCAAGCUGUUGGUUACAUGCCGCAGUACCAUGCUCAAACUGUUGUAUACAGUCAACAAGGUGUAACGCAAGGUUCUGUACCAGGGGCCCCCGGGACAGCUGAUUGGAAUGCUGCGAACCAGGGAUAUGCAACAGGAGAUUGGAAUCAGUCUUAUUACCCUCAAACAGCGGAUGCAACCACAACCUAUUAUCAAGCAUCUUAAAGUGUGAAGUGUUGCCAGUCUGGUUUGCCAGAGAGAGGACUCUGUUAACUCUCGUGAUAUGGGAUGGUGGGGAGGCAUGGACUCAAACUGGUGCGCUUACUGGAAAAGAAGAUCAACAACAUAAUAGCUAGAGUCCCCAGCUCUUUUACUGUAAGUUUUUUAAAGUUCUAUCUUAUGGUUUUGAUCAUAUUCAUUCCUAAGCUGCACAAGAGGAAACUCCUCAAACCAUCAAAACUUCUUUUAAGUCUCAUUUCAGGAGUGCAAUCUGAAAUGCAAUUCUGAUUGGGAUGUAAAACUAAUAAUCCUGUCAUCAAUACUAAAAACAUUUCUUUUAUUAUGUUCAUGUUUAAUACUUGGGAUUUACUACA